UGUCAGCUGACUAACCAAGGAAAUAAAACAAAAAACAAUACAUUUAUCAUUUAUGUUUACAUCACAUACAUUAUUGGUAUGCGCUAAAUAGAUGUGAUACUGAUAAGACUGUUUCGUGAGAUUAUAAAUGAUUCAUUGUUGUAGUAAUUUAUCAAUAAAUUAUAAUAGUUUAGGAAAUGGCUUCCAAAACAUCCGUUGAAGAAGAUUUUGUCUUUAAACCUCCGCCACCGCCAAAUUUAACUAAAGAGCACAUCGUAAUAUGGACAGGCUGGCAUUGCAAAGGAGACAAAGAAGUUUCUAGGGAAGCAGCUGCGAAAGGAAUUGAUAUAAAACUAGUUGUAUUAUUUUUAUCUCUUAGGAAAAAGCUAUCACUGGAAGAAGCAGAGUCCUUUUUUAGGAAAGAAGUUUUUCUGUGGGUAAGCGAACUUUUAGACAGAAAACAGAUAUUCAGGGUAUCACAUGUAUUGAAAAACAUCAGACUAGAUCCUGACAAAGAAUUAUUAAAUGUGUUUUUCACUACUACAAAAAAAGAUCUGAGAGAGUAUAUAGGAAAUCAUCUAAAGAAACUCAAUGAGCUUACUGAAGACAUACAGCAAUUGUGGUAUUUUUUAAAUCUAAUUUUAGAUAAUAAUGUCUUGAUUUCAAAAUAUAAAUUGUUGGAAGAUAGCAUCGAUUGUUUGAAUAAGCAAAGUAUCGAAUGGAAGCAAGAAAUAGCUGCAAAGUUAUUCUUAAGAACACAGAAUACAACAUUAUUACCUUAUCUAAAGGGUGAUACUUUGUGGAAACAGUUGUUGAUAUACAACGAUAUAAAACUAUUAAAAAUCUGGAUUAAUGUACAAUAUAAUGAAGAAACUUCCAGUUACAACACAUAUGAGAGUUUUCUAAAAAUUUUCAACUCUUUUCCUAUUACUAAUGACAUGAUAAAUCAAGUGACUGUAGCUGAGGUAUCAACCAAUACUUCCCAAGUAGUGGUGAAUGAGCUUAGCAAAUUUGGGAUUUUUAGCUACAGCGACAUUAAUAACGUUUUAAAUGUCUUGCGUAGAAUUGAUGUAUCUGACAAUAUAGAAAACAUUUAUCAUAUUUUGAAUAGGAAACACUCCAAUAUAUCAGUGGAUAAGUUUCUGCAAUUACUGAUCGAAUAUUGUUUAGAGCAUAAGUUACAUCAUGUGUUAAAUAUUUGCGUUCAAAAUGUUGAUUUAAGUGAUUUAAGGGCAGCUGUAAAUUCCUCACAUCUGAAUUUGAUAUGGAAUUUUAAGCAGUUGAUAAACAACAUCAGUGAGCCAAAGCUAUGUGAUAAUAUUUUUAAAGUGUCUAGUUUUUUAUGUGAUGAUCUUAUUUACUUUUUUAAAGAAAACCCGAUGAUUCUAUUAGCUUUAAUGUUUUUUACCAAACACAUAGACUUUUCAAAUGUUUUAACCGAAAAAUCUUUAGUUAUUUUAGACAAUGAAUUAUUUACAGCUCUGUCAAAAUUACUGGAGGAUUUUAAGGUCCUCUGGGCUCUCUACAAUAAAAUUACUUUACCGAAACAGUGUAAAUUGACAUAUUAUGACUUGCUAGAGAAACACUUAUGUAUCGAUGUAAAGAAAAUAUAUUCUUUCCAGUUUGGACAAGAUUCUGUACCACAUUUUAACAAAAAAGAAUUGGUUCAGCCUUAUGGAUAUUCUAAACAGAUACGUUAUUUACUUCACAUUAAAGAAUUACGACCCAGUAUAGCUUGUAAAUUGUUUCUGUUAGAGCAGUUUAGUUUUUGUGGUAAUGUUAAUGAAGAAAAUUUAAAAUUAGCACAGAAAAAGAUUUACAAAGUAGCUGUGAGGAACUUUUAUUGCCUUGAUAUCACUGCUAGUUGUAUUGCUUUUCUGGAAAUGAUCGGAGUGAAUGCAGAAUCUUUAAAAGUUAUCAUUAAAUCUGCAAAUAUAUUAAGUGCCUUUGGUUAUCUCAACGAAUUUCUAGUUGACUUGUUUAUAAAUAUAGAAGACGAUCCAUAUGCCAUUUUAAAUCUAUUGGAGAAAAAAAUUAUCAAUACUAUAGACUUCGAAGAUAUAUCAAACCCUCGAUCAUUCAUAGAGGCACUUACAUUCUAUGACACAGUGAUUAGGUUUGCCAUUCAUUAUAAUUUAAAACUUCCAGAACUUUUUCUCAAACAAUGUGCUAACCAUAAUAUGUGGUUGCCGUUUUUAAUCUUGGCUCAGAUUAGGAAUUAUCCUAUCGAACAGAUCAAAGCCAUUCUGCAAUCGUUAAAAAAUCCAAAUUUGCUGGAGCACAUCAACCACAGUGUUGUCCACGAUAUUCAAGUGGACGAACGCAACAUAUUAAUGCGUGAACGUGACUCAAGGACAUCAUUUUUUUCACGAAUUGGGGUUCAUAAGAGUGUCGACAGUUUGGCCCAAAGUGAGUCGAUACAUUCCAGUGUUACUUCACAGACAAGUGGUGAAAGUAAUUCUAGCUCAGUGGGUUCCGAUUCUCUAGAGAUUGACAUCUUGAACACAAAAACAACUCUCGCUCAAACACUAAUCAGAUGUCAUAAUAGUACAGAUCCACCUAGGGCAUUAUUGCAGGCUUGCCAGCUUUAUAGAAAUCCACUGCUAGCAAUAUUAGCAACAAGUUAUGAGCCUGAUUCAAUGGUUACCAACUGGCUGACAUGGUUAGCAGUCUCCACGGAAUUAUACCAUCCAUUUACCAACUUUGAAUCCAUGUCUAGUUCUUCAUCCUUGGUUGCAGAACUGCUAGAUAAUAGUAUGAAACAUCAUUAUUCUGCAAUCCUGCUUCAAAGUCUCUCAGUUUUUCUUCCACACAACCCAUUACGCCAUUUUACAGACUUCUUAAAUACUUGUAUAAACUUAGACUUCAACACUGCUCUUUUAAAGUCAAAACUAGAAAUUUUUAAAGAAUCUCUAAAGAAAUGUAGGCGAUAUAGCAUGAUUUCCAAAAGUGACCAUGAAAUGACUUAUUUAAACAAUAGGAGUUGGAUUGAGAGCACUUCAUUGCUUUUGCUGUCAUCGGCAAUAGAAUUCAAUGUUACAUCUUUGUAUGAACAAAUACAAUUUGUUCAGUGCCUAUGUGCAGUUGGAUUAGAGCAAUAUAUUAAUUGCCCAAACAUUGAAAGUUUGUUAGACAUCUUAACAUACCUUUGCCAUUCAAAAUGUGGCAUAAGAAUUGAUGUUAGGUUGUAUUUAGAUCCUCAGGGUACACAAACAGCUUUAGUCAAUUGUAUAAAUCAACUUUUAAAUCAAGAACUUUUUGACACUGCAACAAAAAUUGCACAAAUUGGGGGUGUUUCGUUAGACAUGAUUCUGAUUAGACAGUGGCAAUAUAAAUAUAAAAAUAACGAUCAUGUGGAUAAAAAUUUCUGGGAAAAUUGUAGCAAACAGUUUAGUGCCAGUAAUAUUUGUGCAGACAGAGUGGUUGAAUUUUAUUUAGAAUAUGCAGAUAAUGUUGAGAACUGCUUUGAAAGAUAUCAACUGCUUAAAUUGGCUUAUGAGUGGGCAAGAAGCUUUGAUCUGCCUACUAAGUAUGAUAUAGAGAAAUGGAAAUGGAUGGCCUAUCUUUACCUAGACAAGUCCAAGAGGUUAGAUGAUACAAUAUUUGAGGCACAAUCUCCCCACUUAACAUACAAAGAGAUGUUGGAGAUGAUUACCUCAGUUCCAGGAUGUGAUGAGGAAAUUUCAUCAGAUUUGUUGAAUCUUCUAGAAGAAAUGAUGAAGCAGGCGUUGACUAGGGGUAAUUUUUGGCAGGCGUUUAAACUGGAGAAGAUGUUCAAGUGUAAAUGUCAAGAUUUGAGUAUGUUGAAGCUGAGCCAUAGUUUGGCAGAAGGUAUUGUACUACCAUACCAGCUGAAUGCGGAGCAGAGACUACUGUUUUCUGCCAAUGGGCAUUACAGAAGGCUUAGUCACAGGAGAACGUUCUUAUCCAAUAGGCUGUCCAGUAUGAGUUCAGCAUCUCUAACACCAGAUAAUCUAUCUUAUCUGCCCACAACAGAUGUAGUGGAUGGAACACCUCUACAAGACACUUUGACACUACUUUACAUACUAGUCGAAAAAGUGACUUAUGGUGUGGAUAUUGCCUACAAGAUAUUCAUGAUGUACCGCAUAAGCUUGAAUAUAGAAAUACCGUAUCACGUGAUCGUGUCCAACACUGAUUAUAUGAAAAUGCUAAAAGAUGCAUUGGAGGAUGACUGCAUGCAUAAGUUGGAUGUUGUUCAUGAUUUCAUAAGGGGUUACCAGUGGUCCAAGGAUGCGAUAACAGAUUUUAUCUGUGAAGAAAUAGUGAAUAGCGCCUUGAAAUAUGUCAAAUCCAAAUCGGACGAAUUCCUAAUGUGGAACUUGAAAAUGGACCAAGAGUUUCACCUCAUCCUUCAGCUGCUUCAGGACAACUGCUCUCUCCUCGGCAACAAGAUUUAUUCAUAUGCUAGCGCCACCCACAAAGUGCAAGUCUCCGCCAAUCUUGAUUUCAAAAUAAGUGAACUAGCACUCGUAACAGAACUUCUGAUCACUGCCCAUGAUUGCUUCACUGCAGAUUGUAAUAUGGAGGGCAUAUCACUUAUUCUAAAGACCUGUCGAGGUGUUAUUUCACACCUACUGAUGCUGCGUAGCUGGAAGUUGAUAGUGAGAUUGCUUACGGGAGUUGGACGCUAUAUAGAGAUGAGCUAUGUGUUUGACAUACUGAGAGAAAACGACCAGUUUGAAUUUUUGCUAAGAAAAGGUUCCCGAAAAGAUAAUGCUCUGAAAGUAGCGCUGUUGGAUUACCUUAAGAAGUACUGUCCAGAUAACAGAGAUUUGUACAAAAUCGUGGCAUUACACUUUGCCCUAUUUUCCGAAGUGGCACUAUUGUGGGAAAGGGAAGCCCAAGGCAUUAUAAGGAAUCUGAUCGCCAUAUCUAAAUUGGAGAUGCAGAAUAAUAGGUUGAAUCCAGACACUCAGCCCUAUGUGCUUUUUACUAAUACCGAUGGAACAAAAUUAUGCUUGAAUAAGGCUAUAGAGAAUUAUACACAUGCUACAGAAUUUCAUCUACAAGGCGAAAAACUAGCAAAAGCAAUGAAAACUGCAAAACAGGCGGAACUGAUAGCACUGCAGAUAUCGUUAUUGAAGGGAUUACCGAGUAACAGCACAGCAGUAUGUUUGCUGAAUGUAAGCCAGGUCCAGAUUACGUCUCUAAUAUCCAAGGAACUUAGCUUCGACCAGAGCUUGAUCCUUGUCCAGGCCUAUAACUAUUCUCCAGACUGGGCAGCCGUCCUCUAUGAGCAGUGUGUUUUAAGUAAUAACAUAUCAUACUUACACUCGUUUCUUAAGCACCUUUCGUUAACUGAUGGCCUGGUUCAUGAUAUCUCCAGGAAAUUUCUCAGCGCUAACAUCAACACUCCCAACGAGAUAAACGUUAUGAAGGACAUUCUGAGGAAUUUGUCCUCUGUACAUACUAAGUACAGGAUAGCUAGUGAGAUGGGUUUCACGGAUUUAGUGGAGGAUUUGAUAACAGGUGGGCAGUUAGCGUACUUGAAGGAUACAGUGUGGAAGAAGGGGUAUAAGCGUUGAGAGGUUUUUUCGUAAUUCGGCUAGAUUUUAAAAAUUUCUUAAAUAACAGUGCAAAAUACUGUCAUUCGAAAGAAAAAGAAAUAAUACAAACGUUUAAUUUCACCUUAAGUAGUAGUUCCCUAGAUUCAAAAAGAAAUGUUCUUAAAAGGUUUUUUAAUGAAAAUCACAAAUUUAAAUAAAUAUUUUAUGAUUUCACGAAUUCGGUACAAUAUUCAGCGGAUAUCGUCGGAAUUCAUUUGAAUUCAGAUUUACACCAUUUUCGUAUAAUUUGCUAGUUUCAAAAUAGUUUUUUUUUUAUGUAAAUAUAAAUAUUUCUUUGAUAUAACAGAAA